UAUCGUUUAAAAAAUGUAAAUUUUUACUUUUGAUUUGCUUAUUUGAUGAGCAUUAAACGAUUUUUUUCCAAGUUAUUUAAUGUUACACUAGAUCAUUUCUGUUUUAAUGUUAUACUCGAUAAAAAAAACUCGCACAACGCUGAAAACACACACGCAUGCACACACAAUAUAAAAGGAAUUGAAUUGAUUACGUAAAUAACAUUACGUCUUUAUGCAGAAUCAUGCUGCCAACAUCUUGGCGAAAGGAGAAGCUAGAAUAUACUAACAAAUUAAAUUAAUUAGAAUGUGUAGCAAACUCACUACUAAUAAGCGAAAUCCGUGUUUAUACUUAUACAAUUCGAUAUAUACGUAUAAUCAUUAUAUAAAAUUUGUCUUUAAUUAAAUUUAAUUAAAUUUAACUAAAUUAAAAUCUGAACAAAUGACCUCUUUAUAUUUUUUAUACAUACGUACGUAGGAGUAGGCACGUGCUAAAUACAUGUUUAAGAAAAUCCAUGUGUGAAACGAUACACUAUAUGUAAAAUGCAGUAUAGUCGGAGUUGAUUACUUUGAAUGGCACGUCAUAGAACACAUGUGCACACACAGGAAGCAAGAAAAGAUCAAGAAAGUAAAUGUCACGUUCAGUAAAAUAUUGAAGCUUCUUUAAAAUGAAGCCUGCAUCUCGUGUUCCAAUCAGGGGUUUGCUGCUCGAAAUACCGAAGAAGAGGUAGAUUAUAGGCGACAUCUUGAAUACAUACAUAGAGAAAGAUUAUUGCCGAGUCUUGAUUCUUUCUGAUUUUACUACAUGAUAUUUUUAUUAAACAUUAAGAGAGCAUUCCUUUUCUCAGCUAAUUUCUUUUAAUUUAAUAUCCUUCUUAGUUCAUGUUUUCACUAAAUUAGGAUAACUUCAUUAUAUGAAAGUAUAACACGCGUGAACGACAUUUUUACGAGUAUAUAAAUAAAGAAAACACGAGGAGCUUAUAUUUUUUGCUUGCAUUUUUAAAAGUGCCUGCAUGAUGUAGCCGCGUUGCGAAGAUCGAGUUGCAACGAUACCGCGUUUCACACAACAAGCUCCCUCUCUCUGUCCCGGGUAAGCUACACGAUACUAACGAAGUGCCUCACAAUGAAAGUGAGAGACAGAGAAGCUGAAAGACGCAAAAGACUUCAGCAAGCGUUCCGCUUCGCGUAUCGGGAACGCGAAGUCUCUUCUGUAAACGCAACGUUAAAGAAACGGAAAAGGUGCAUCCGCUUCGUACUCAAGUCGCGGAAACCAAUCCUAUCUUCCACGCAAAAACCGGCUAAGUGUCCUGACGAAGAGAAGAAAAAUCACGAGCCGCGCGUCUCGGAUAGCAACUUUCUUGGGAAAUCGACAACGGAUCGGUGUGUAAUUCGACGUCGCCUUGGCGAGCGUCGAGCGUCUGGCUCUCGACGUAGCAAUUAUUGGUGUCCGCGGCCUCGACGGAGGAACUACGAGCUUAAUUGAAGAAUUAGUUUAGGGAGCACGACUCACGCUCGCGUUCCCGGGAACGGCAGGCGCUCGAGAAACACGCGCAGAAUCGCAUCUCGCGUGAUAAUCGGGACGUUCGAGGAAUAUCGAGACGCCGAGCGAUAAUGAAUUUCUUAUUUCACGAGAUAUGAGCAGGUGUUACACGCCGAAUAUAAUGUGAAAUAUGCCAAAAGAUAUAACGGAAUUCCAAGAAAUAAAAGCGAGGGGAAAUUUUAUGUCGCAUAAAAAUUGUGCUUGAGAAAUCGAUUCUUGUGUGUGUGUGUGUGUGUGUGUGUGUUAUAAGGUAUACACCAUCUACAUUAGAUUAUGCUAUAUCACAUAAAUAAGAAUUAUAUAUACAUAUAUGUAUAAAGACUAAUAAAACUUUGUAAAACUUUAGCUGCCGUAACUAGCACCUAUGCGGAAAUUGUUGAACGGAAAACAUGCUUCUUCCGUUUAUCGACGUUGAUACCAUAUGAUACGUAAGUUCGAUAGUUUUUCAUGCACGACUGUAAGUGGGUUAAGACGCAAUAUGAUCAUACCGUUUGCCGUAAAACUUAGAAUUAUGAAUUCUAUUCUUCAUUUAAGAAAUCAUAGCUUUCUCAUAUUGACGUUACCUAAAUACAUUUCGUAUAAAACAUGUAUUUAUCUACGUAUAUCUCUCUGUUAUAAAGUUAUUAUACACUGAGAAAAAAAUAUCUUUAAAGAAUACUUUACUUAAUACAAAAAAAGUUAUUUACUCGAUGGAUCCUGAUAGCUUAUUUAUUUGCAGCCAAGUUAAACAUUUCUUAAUUGAAAUAAUACGAAGAAAUAAUUUCUAAUCAAGUAAUUUUUUUCUUGCAGUUCUAGAAAAUAUUGACUACUAGACUAUUUUUAAUUCCAGGUAAUCAGAUUUUUUAACCUAAGAAAACAAUUUAAUCAAAUUUAAUAUUAUUAGCUUAUUUAUAAAACCAUUAUUUAAAUAUAAAAAUAUAAAAUUAUAUUACAUACAUGUUU